AUGAUCGCUCCUCUCGACGUCAGUACCGUCCAGGCAACUCUGCCGUUGGUGUACUCGAUCGCCUCUGCUCUCACACUCGUCUACCUGUCAAGAAAGCGAGUUCACCUCAGUCAAUAUGAAGCAUUGAGGGAUAGCGAACAACAAGACGAUGACGACAAUGAGGUCGAAGAAGAAGUGCUCGACCAAGCCGACCCUUCUGCUACCUCAACCACUACUCCCCCUUCCAUCGAUGUUCUUCAGGCACAAUACCAGGCUCAACAGAACGCCGGCAUCAGCAUCAGUAUUGCCCGCCUCGGCCUCACCUUCACACAACUCGGCCUAGUCGUCUUCACAACCGCCUUCACGACGAGUCUUUUCCACAACAAGAGGAACAGCAAAAUCGAUACCCAUGACAGAUACAUUACACUAUCCAUUGCUAGCUUCGGCUUGGAAGAGAUUGUCCAGAUCCUGAGCUGGACAUACAUCCUUGCCUUGACGUUGAUCCAUUUGAUCCGGCCCAAGGUGUCGUACCAGUACUGGAUCCGUCCCCAGAUGGAUAUCUUCUACCUCCUUCAAUGGAUCCUCUCGACGGUCGGUCUUGUCCUGACCAAGGAAGUCCAAGAGGUUCCUGUGAGUGAAUGGUCCCUCGGCUUGCGACUCGGUGUGGUCGCCUGGUUGGUCAACCUGGUCUUGCUUUGGACUACUGUCGUGACACGUCCCUACCAGCCAUUGCCUACAUCCCAUGAGUUUGCUGUAAAAAAGUUGAAGGCUGGUGAGGUUGCUCGUCUGCCCUCGUCUGAAUACAACUCGUCGCUGUAUGCUCGCUUGACAUACACCUGGGUGAAUUCUCUGGUCUACUUGGGGUUCAAGCGUACGCUCCAGGACAAUGACCUGCCGAGCCUGGAGGACUCUGACCGUGCCGACCAGUCGAUUCGCAUCUAUGAUGUUCAGACUGGAAAGACGUUUACCCGUCGUCUCUUGCUCUCGCUCCGCUGGGAAUUCUUCUGGCAGUUCACCUGGACCGUGCCCUGGGCCAUUAUGACCACAGCCUCGCCCUACUGUCUCAACAAGAUCAUCCAGUACAUCGAGUGCAAGGACUGUGGACCUCCAACAGCCUCUCAAUACAUCUGGGUUUUUGCCCUCCUGGGUGCCUCCAUCGUCGAAUCCCUCUGCUUCCAGACCGCUCUCCACUAUGGUCGUCGCAUCUAUGUCCACACGACCUCGAUCUGUAACGCUGCCGUCUUUGCCAAGGCCCUGAAGCGCAAGGAUAUGGCCUCGCCUGUUGGGAAGUCUGAUGAGGAGAAGGAGGAUGGUGGGAAGAAGAAGGAUGACGAGGACAAGAAGAAGGAUAGCGGCGCCAACAUCUCCAACCUGGUGGCGGUGGACAUCAAGAAGAUGGAGCUACCAUUCAGUUACUUCUUCCAGAUGUACGCGACACCCAUCCAAUUUCUGGUGGCCGGAGUGCAGCUCUACAACUUACUCGGAAAAGCCGCCCUGGUCGGAGUCGCCUUUAUGAUCGCCUCGUACCCUAUCCCCGCCAAACUCUACGCCAUGAUCAUGAAGCUCUUCAAGGAUAUCAUGAACACCAAAGACGAGCGCAUGGAUGCCCUGAAUGAGAUGCUGAGCGCGAUCCGGAUCGUCAAGUUCUUUGGAUGGGAGGCUCAGUUUGUCAAAAAGAUCACCGCAGCGAGAGAGAAGGAGUUGAAGCGGACCAAGGAGUCGUAUGUCCAGAUCGUCUUUGCCGAUAUUGUCUGGAUGUUGACUCCUCUUUUGAACACUGUUGUCAUUCUGCUGGCGUACACCAAGCUGUUCGGGCAUGAGAUCACGGCGUCCAAGAUCUUUACGACGCUGGCAUUGUUCAACAUUAUGCGACAGGCGCUCAACUCGCUUCCCUGGAACAUCAAGUCGACCAUGCAGGCCCUUGUCAGUUUGAAUCGUAUCAACAGGUUCUUGAGCGAUGAAGAGAUUGUUCUCGACACUACUGUCACCAAACUCGACCCCAAGGCGCGCCUCUCAACUGCUACCGUCUCGUCCCACCUCCUCGCUGCUGGAUUGUCAGGAUCGGAACUCCAUCACCCGACUAUCGGAUUUGUCAACGCCUCGUUCAUCUGGCCUAACAAGGAACACGACGUCGAGGCCCAGGAUAAUGUCAAGAACAAGCCUUCCUGGAUUCAACGCAUCAAGUCCAAGCUCUCGAGAAAGUCUGCCACCAUUGAGGAACCUGCUGUCGCCGAGGCCCCCGCUGUCAAGGAGCGGUUCAAGCUCAAGAACGUCACUGUGGAUUUCCCUGUUGGCCAGUUGUCGUUGGUCGUUGGUCCUACUGGUUCUGGAAAGUCUGCUUUGUUGUUGGCGCUCUUGGGCGAACUCGAGAAGCUGGAGGGACACAUGUACCUCCCUCGUCUGGAUUAUUCCUCUGAUCAUCCCGUGGCCCAGUCACGUCGUCAUCAUCGCACUGUUGGAUCUGGAAUCGCCUAUGUCUCCCAGACCGCCUGGCUGCAGAACACGACCAUCCGUGCCAACAUUCUUUUCGGCAAGGAGUUUGAUCAAGACCGGUAUGAUGCUGUUAUCGAGGGAUGUGCGUUGGUGACCGACUUUGAGAUCCUGGAGUCUGGUGACAAAACCGAGAUUGGUGAACAGGGUAUUACAUUGUCGGGAGGUCAGAAGCAGCGUGUCUCGUUGGCACGCGCGAUCUACUCGGAUGCUGAGGUCUUGCUCCUGGACGACUGCCUCUCGGCUGUGGACUCUCAUACUGGCAAACACCUCUUCCAGACCCUGACUGGACCCCUGCUGGAGGGCCGCACUAUCGUCAUGGCGACGCACCAGGUUCAAUUGACUCUUGGCGCCGCAAGCACUGUUUUGGUCCUCAACAAAGGCGAGGUACUGGGAGUCGGCACCCCCGAGGAGGCCGUCCUUAAGGAGUGGGUCGAAAAUGUUACUCUGACGUCUUCGGCUCAGGUGUCGGAUGCCAGCAGCGAGAUUAGCACCCUCAACGAAGGCGAGUCCAAGACUGACAAGAAGGGCAAUGACGCGGACGGCAAGAAGAAGAAGGAGAAGAUCAGUGUCAAGUUGACCGAGGAGGAGAAGAAACAGGAGGGCGCUGUCGCUUGGAGGGUCUACAAGACGUACCUGAACGCAUCGGGCGGUUGGGUUUUCUGGUUGGGUCUCAUUGGCAUCUUCUUCCUUCGUGAGAUUGUCGAUGUGGGUCAGAACGCUUGGUUGGCUGUCUGGGCUAACAAAAUGGCGGAGAACACUGGCGCGCUUGCGAUCAAGGUCUUUAACACCGUCACCCCGGCACCCUUGACCCAGUCCUUCUAUACUGCGUUUGCACCCCGCGACGGAUCCGAGUAUGGCAUCAUGACGAUGAACGUCUUUGGCAAAGGCACUCCCGAGACCGUCAGUGUUGACUAUUAUCUUGGUAUCUAUGUCCUCCUCAGCAUCUGCGCCAUGAUCCUCGGUUCUCUCAACAUGUACUACGUCGUCAUGGGCGGUCUGGCCGCCUCUCGUGUCCUGCACGAGCGUCUCCUCAAGAGUAUCACCCGCGCCAAGGUCCGCUUCUUUGACACGACCCCCAUGGGCCGCAUUAUCAACCGGUUCAGUUCCGACAUCUCGACUAUCGAUGACGAAGUCAGUAACGGUAUCCAGGGUCUCUUCGGUUGUGUCACCACCUUGACGGGCAUCGUUGUCAUCAUCUCGAUCAACAUGCCGAUCUUCCUGGUCGCCGCAUUCUUUAUUGUCAUCAUCUAUGUAGCUAUUGGCGCCCUGUACGUCCCCAUCUCGCGUGACCUCAAGCGUCUCAACUCCAACUCCAAGUCACCCAUUCUCAACCACUUCAACGAAUCCCUCAACGGUCUGGCUACCAUCCGAGCCUACGGGUUCCAGAAGCGGUUCUUGUCCAAGAACUUGAGCAACCUGGACGACAACAACCGGACGUUCUUCUUGCUCUGGUCGACCAACCGGUGGUUGCACUGGCGUGUCGAUGUUGUCGGUGCCUCCGUUGCUUUUAUUACUGGUGUCCUCGUCCUCCAGAAUUGGGGACUGAUCGAGCCUGGUUGGGCGGCGCUCAGUUUGACGUACUCGUUGAUGUUCACGGGUAAUGUUGUCUGGUUCAUUCGCAUGUAUGCGAUGAACGAGAUGAACUUGAACUCUGUCGAGCGUGUUGUCGAGUACAUGGACAUCGAGUCCGAGUCUGCAGCUAUUAUCGAGGGAUCCCGCCCUCCAGCCUCGUGGCCCCAUGCCGGAGAGAUCAAGAUUGACCAUCUCACCAUGCGCUAUGCGCCCGAUACCCCCGAGGUCAUCAAGGACAUUUCGUUGACCAUCCACCCUGGUGAGAAGGUCGGUGUUGUCGGCCGUACUGGAUCAGGAAAGUCGACUCUGGCGAUCUCGUUGUUCCGGUUUAUGGACCCUGCUGCCGGUACGAUCACCAUCGAUGGAAUCGAUAUCUGUAAGAUUGGACUUCAGGAUCUCCGGUCCAACUUGACCAUCAUCCCUCAGGAUCCGAUCUUGUUCAAGGGUACACUCCGGUCGAAUCUGGAUCCCUUUGGAGAGCGUGAGGAUCGGGAGUUGUGGGAGGCCUUGAGGAGGAGUCAUUUGAUCCCAGCCGAGAGCAAGUCUGUCCUGGACUCUGCUGCCGCCAGCAAACGCAACAGUAUCGAGGUUACGUCUACUCAAGCUGACGAACUCUUGUCCGUUCCUUCUGAGGCUGGUCCUUCGACUGGAUCCAAAUCCCCCGCCUCAUCGAUCAAGCCCGUCUCUGACAACAACAACCCUAACGAAAUCGUCGACUCGUCAAAGAUCACACUUGACACCCCCGUCAAAGAAAACGGCUCAAACUUCUCCCAAGGCCAACGCCAACUCAUCGCCCUCGCUCGCGCCCUGGUUCGCCAAUCCAAGAUCAUCGUCAUGGAUGAAGCAACUGCCAGUGUCGAUUUCGAGACCGACCUCAAGGUUCAGCUCACCAUCCGCGAAGAAAUGGCCGACGCGACAAUCUUGACAAUCGCCCAUCGUAUCCGGACGAUCGCAGAUUUCGAUAGAGUCCUGGUUAUGAAUGCUGGAGAGGUGGUUGAGUUUGAUCGGCCAUAUGUUUUGAUGCGGCAGGAGGAUUCGUUGUUCCGGUCCAUGUGUGAACGGUCGAGCGAGUUUGAGGCCUUGUUGGCGAUUGCUGAGGAGAAGGAGAAGCGUGAUCGCGCCGCUAGACUUCUCGUCGACGUUUAG